AUGAUCCCUCGACCGAUAUUACUUAUUCUAUGGGCGGUGACUGGAGCGGCUGUGGUGGUAACGCUGAUGUUCCAAUACUAUGCUCGCAUCUCUUGUCACUGGCGAUGGGCAUCCUACUCCAUCCAAGACACAUUGACUACGACAGCAGGACCGGCAGCAUCAACGGCACCAACUAGGGAUGGGAAUGCACAGCAUGAAAACUCAUCCUUUCUUCGCAUGGUUGUCUUUGCAGAUCCGCAGAUGGAAGGUGAUGCCAAGAUUAAACGUCUUGGAAAGCGAGCAAUAGUAGAUCUGGCUUUCAACGAUGCAUAUAUGCACCAUGUCUACAAAUCCAUGAUGGCGCCCAGCUGGACAUCACCACUUGAUAUACUUCCAAUAAACUUCUUUUCUAAUUCACGAAAUCGUCAUAAGAAAGGAACUCGACCAACGCAUGCUGUUGUUUUAGGAGAUUUAUUUUCAAGUCAAUGGAUCGAUGAUGCCGAGUUCAAUGUUCGAUUAGGACUAUUGAUCAACAUUACUGGGAACCAUGAUAUUGGAUACGGAAACGACAUUUCGCAAUCACGACUGAUUCGAUGGGAGAAAGCAUUUGGAAUGUCCAAUUUCAUUUCUACAGUGGUCAUCCCUUCGUCUUCAUUUUUUUCUUCCUCGGCAACAGAACAACUAAACCAACAAGAGCAACGUAAAUUGCAUCUGCUGGUAGUCAACACAAUGCUCUUGGACGGGCCUUCUUCAGAUGAGGAUCUUCGGACACAAACAUGGCAGUUCAUGCAAGAUGCUGCAAAGAUCAAAACCAUGAAUCCCAAUGACAAGAUUGUUCUUCUAACUCAUAUUCCCUUCCAUAAGGAACAAGGCAUCUGUGUGGAUGCACCUGAUAUCCAAGUUCAUUUGGAUAACACAAUUAUCGAACAAACAAUGUUGACGCCCAAUACGACUAAUUGGAUUCUGAAUAACAUUAAACCCGAUUUUGUCUUGAAUGGUCAUGAUCACUUUGGAUGCGAUGUCACACAUGUUCGUCAGAAGAUGCAACUAGAACAAGAACAACGUGAACAGCAACACGGUGAUUUUGAAUGGAAAGCAUUCACCACAUCUAGCCUUCCAAAAUCAAAGUCAGAGCAAGUUCGUGUAAGAGAGAUAACACAACGAUCUCUGAUGGCAGAGUAUGGAGGUUAUUCUGGUCUAUUCGAGGCCAAGAUACUGUCGUCGACAAUGGACGGGAGUGAGAACCAUCAAGACAUUGAGUUUCAUUACACACCAUGUCCGUUUUACACAGACAUACAUGUCUGGGUCGUCAUUGUAACAGAUUUAAUUCUUGUUGCCAUUUGGAGUGCAGUCGCUCUCUACACUGCCCUCAUAAGCCCAAGCUCACCUACCAUAACCACCAAGACUAGUAACAAUACACCAAUGGACAAAAAAUCAAACAUGAAAUGCUAAACAUUAAACAUUAAAACAUUAAAAAAUGCAACAACGUGUAUAUAAAAAUACAAAAGAAAUAAACAGUUGUUGUUCAAUAAUACAAGGGAAUAAAGAGAGAGAGAAUUACUCUGAAACAAUAAAAGAAACUAGAAUAGCUAAACGCGAAAAAAAGAACAUUAUCGACAUGUUUAUCAAGUAGCUGGA